AUGCUCUCAGGGAGGGCCGUUCCGCAGCGGCCCCCUCUGAAGCAAAGACCACGGGGCGAAUCGCACCGUAUCCCAGGGAACCCCGCCAAGGUCGGACAGAGGACGAAGGGAGGGGGCGUGCGGCCGCUCCAGCCUCUGUCGCCCGAGCUGGGAUGUGGCUUCAGACUCUCAGUAGGCUCCCAGCUCCGGAGUGAAGCCUCCUUCCUGCUCCGAAGUCUUCACCAGGACCUUGUAGCGCCCCAGGAUGAAGUUCAGUCCUUAGCCUGGCUUGCAAGGCUUCCUGGGACCCAGUGCUGGCCUGCCUCUCCGGCCUCCUCACCCAGGCUCAGCGAGCAGUCUCGCUUUUGUGUGUACCGAGAAGACACGUGGAGGAUGCUGUUCAUCGUGACAGGAAGGCGCCUCUCCUUGAGACCCAAGAGGAGUGGCUCGCUCAGCCUCGCCCAGGAAUAG